CGUCAUCAAACAUGGCCGAGAGCGUUAUUAUUUAAAGGAAAUUCUAGAUAGUUUUCGAUUAAUUAUGGUGAGAAAUAGAUAUCACCUCAAAUUAAACUUAAUGAAUUUCCAUUUGUAAGAACACAUUCAGCGAGUAACAUGCUGAAUGACUCGUUCGGGUCAGUUAAACGUUUUAACGGCAAUUAUGUUCUGAGCGCACUCUGCGUCGGUGGCCCAAAGCCAGCCAAUGAGAUAUUGAGACUGAACUCUGACUGGCCGCUAUUCCGAGUCCGAGCAAAGUGCAUUAUCUCAACCUUCUCAUCCAGUCAUCCGCGCCGUUGGAGGGUUAAGAGAAGUUUGUGGAAUGCAGUACCCUAGUUGAUUACAAUAGUUAAGGGAAACGUACUGAGUCGCUUUCAAUCGUCGAUAAAAUUAGUGAGUUACUCUUCAGUGUUAAUAUGGCAACGUACGUGUCUCGUAAUUUAGCUAAAUGCUGCGGUGUUCUUUCAUCACCAACGCAGUAUGGUGCCCUACGACUUCUCUCAACUUCUAAUGUGCAGAAGUAUCCGAGAAAAACUGUUCAGGACAGAACUGGCAAGAAUAUAGUUUUUGUCGACGCUGUUCGUACCCCGUUUCUUAUGUCUGGUACGCAGUAUGCUAAGCUAAUGCCCCAUGAAUUAGCCAGGCAUGCUUUAAUGGAAAUACUCAAAAGAACUGGAGUUCCAAAGGAAGUAAUUGAUUACAUCAUUUAUGGCACAGUUAUUCAGGAAGUGAAAACCAGUAAUAUUGCAAGAGAAGCUGCUCUGUGUGCAGGAUUCUCAGAUAAAACGCCUGCACACACUGUGACAAUGGCGUGUAUUAGUUCAAAUGUUGCCAUGACUACUGGUAUUGGCUACAUUGCGUCUGGAGCUUAUGAUGUUAUUCUUGCUGGUGGAGUUGAAAGUAUGUCUGAUGUUCCUAUCAGGCACUCUCGUCAGAUGCGCAGUUUGAUGCUGAAAGCAAACAAAGCUAAAACUUUGCCUCAAACAUUAUCUCUGCUGGCAAGCUUUAGACCAUCUUUUCUUGUUCCUGAGUUGCCAUCAGUUGCAGAGUUCUCGUCAGGAGAGACAAUGGGUCAUUCUGGUGACAGAUUGGCUGCAGCGUUUGCCAUUUCUCUUCCUGGUGUGGAAAACAUUGUGGACAAGGACAAUGGCAUUCGUGUUUCAACACCUGAACAGUUGGCGAAACUGAAACCUGCUUUUGUUAAACCCCAUGGUACGGUUACUGCAGCUAAUGCAUCUUUUUUGACUGAUGGUGCAUCAGCUUGCCUUAUUACUACAGAAGCAAAGGCAAAAGAAUUGGGAUUGAAACCCAAAGCAUACCUUAGAGACUUCAUCUAUGUUUCUCAGGACCCGAUUGAUCAGUUACUUUUAGGGCCUACUUAUGCGGUUCCCAAAGUGUUGGAGAAAGCAGGAUUGCAACUUAAUGAUAUUGAUGUGUGGGAAGUCCAUGAAGCUUUUGCUGGUCAAAUUUUAGCCAAUUUGAAGGCAAUGGACUCUGAUUGGUUUGCCAAAACUUACAUGGGUCGGAGCUCAAAAGUGGGAGUUCCUUCUCUCGACAAGUGGAAUAACUGGGGUGUGAGACUAGCAGCUCAUACUUCGAAUCGCUUGAUCAGAGAGGAUGGACAACUGGGUCUUAUUGCAGCUUGUGCUGCUGGUGGGCAGCGCGCCUACCCGUGGUGCAAGAAUCCUCGUCAAACCAGCCAGUCACAGAAUGGCUACAGGCAGCAUGCUAGAGUAAUUAGAGAUAACAGGGCCUACAGCCUAGAAGUAUUGGCUGGUGUGGCAAUGAUUGUGGAGCGUCAUCCUGAUGCCCCUGCUUUCAAAUGAGUCUCUGUUUCUGUACAUAUGUAACUAAGCAACUAUCAAUGCAAAGCCCUUCAUAUAAGACUUCAGGUGUGAGGAAGAAGACAAUGUAAUGUUGAUGUAAUAUAUUUUCAUAAAAUUUGUAUCAUUGUAUCUGUUUGAUGUAUAUUUUAAAUCUUGUUUGCUUUUUAUAUAGAUCAUAAAUUAAUUAUUAUUUAAACACACAUCCCCGUUAUAUUAUGUUGAAUAAUUAAAAUUGCACCCUUCCACCAAUAAACAUCCGGUUCUUUAAUCACUUAUCUUUCAAUUUAAAAAAUUGCACAUUUCUUAAAACUACUUUCUUUAAUACUGUUCCCACACAUUCCUGUUUGCUGGGGACAGUUUCGAUUUAAAAUCUUUCUCCAAGGAUGUACUGGAAGUUAAAUUUUCUCAAAUCUAUUUACAAAUGGAAUUAUUAAAGUGUUUCAUGUUAAUAGGAUAUUUCAGUGAAUCCAGGGACACACUUUAACUGGAGGUGGAGUCCUAGUUUAAUGAACAUUUGAAUGUCAUUUUCCCCAAGAUAGUACAUUAAAAUUAGUACAAAGUUUGUUCUGACCUUGGAUUUAUUGAAAAUCUGGAAACUUAUUUUAGUUCUAACUGUUGGGGGGGUUCAAUUCUACCAGGAUUUCAUAUGCAAGAAAUAAAUUUGCAAAAUACAUAUUGGGUUAUAAAGUCAAAAGCUUUCUUUCUCUUUGGUGUCCUAGUAAAUACAUGACAAAUGUAUAUAUAAUUAAUUUUAUGAAUUUUUCUAUCCUGCCCGUCCUCAGAAAAUAUUUUACAAAAGAAAGUUCUAAAAGAGUAUUGUCCCAGAAAACUUAAUUAAAUUAGUACUUUCCAAAAACCAGGCAGGCUAUAGAGCAGAUAUAAUGUACAUAAUACUGGACAAGGGGUCCUGUUUUCUGUAAAUUCUACACCAUGAAACAAUUUUGGAAUUCAAGAUGUUUAUAAAUAUAGUUAUCAUAAACAUUUGGCAAAUUAUGAAGAAAAUGAAAACAAGUAUAAAAUGGAAGCAUGUAGAAUUUAAAAACAAAACAAUUUCUAACUUAUUCGAAAAUGUGAAGUAGACAUGCAUUACAUUGGAAUUGUUUUUACUGGAUGUGGUUAACUGGCUUGUAUUUAGUGGUAGUCGUGGUACUAAACUUUCCAUUAUAACACUAUCUCUUUAUGGUCACUUUUGAAAUGUUGAUGCAAUACCUGAAGUUUGCCUUACACAUUUCAAGUUUUAGUAACCAAUUGAAAUGAAUUUCUGUUAACAAUUCAUGUACCACAUUGCUAUGUUCUUGUUCUCCAAUACUCCUAAG